UUUUAGGAUGCACGUUGUUUUUUUAUGAGACUGAUGGCAGAUCUGGCAUUGACCACAACAGUAUCCCGAAGCAUGCUGUCUGGGUGGAAAACAGCAUAGUGCAAGCGGUGCCUGAACACCCCAAGAAGGACUUUGUCUUCUGUCUCAGCAACUCCCUUGGGGACGCUUUCCUCUUUCAGACCUCUAGCCAGACUGAACUGGAGAACUGGAUCACGGCAAUCCAUUCAGCUUGUGCAACCGCGGUGGCAAGGCAGCAUCACAAAGAGGACACCGUCAAGCUCCUGAAAACAGAGAUAAAAAAGCUGGAGCAGAAGAUUGAUAUGGAUGAGAAGAUGAAGAAGAUGGGUGAAAUGCAGCUGUCCUCAGUAACGGACUCCAAGAAGAAGAAGACCAUACUGGAUCAAAUCUUUGUUUGGGAACAAAAUCUUGAACAGUUCCAGAUGGACCUAUUUCGGUACCGCUGUUACUUGGCUAGUCUCCAAGGAGGGGAGCUCCCAAACCCUAAAAGACUGCUUGCUUUUGCCAGCCGUCCAACGAAAGUUGCGAUGGGCCGUCUUGGAAUCUUUUCAGUCUCAUCGUUUCAUGCACUGGUGGCAGCUCGCACCGGGGAGUCCGGAGUGAGGAGAAGGACGCAGGCCAUGUCCAGAUCUGCCAGUAAACGGAGAAGCAGGUUUUCUUCUCUUUGGGGGCUGGAUACUACCUCGAAGAAGAAGCAAGGGAGGCCAAGCAUUAAUCAGGUUUUUGGUGAAGGAGUUGAUUCCGUAAAGAAAUCUCUCGAAGGAAUCUUUGACGAUACGGUCCCAGAUGGCAAGAGGGAAAAAGAAGUGGCACUGAGCAGCGUCCAUCAGCACAAUCCCGACUGUGAUAUCUGGGUUCACGAGUAUUUUACGCCGUCGUGGUUCUGCCUGCCGAACAACCAGCCUGCUCUGACAGUCAUCCGUCCUGGGGACACCACGCGAGAUGUCCUGGAAAUGAUCUGCAAGCGUGGCAGCGCAGUCGCCCUGUCCUCACCCUGCCGCCCUGGUUCCCCCACCUCUGCCAAGCCCUCCCGUGGCCCCUUCCCUUCUCGGCCGGGUGCCAGUUCCUCCUUCCUCCCCCCCUCUGCUUCCUCCCCUCGGGCUGGCGUGGGGGAGAAGGCUCGGAGAAAAGAGCAGCAGGAGGAGGAGAAGGUGCCCGCGUUCGCCGUCUGCAUUGCGGAGUCAGAGUCGCUCGU